AAUCCGAGCACCAGGAAGUAGCUGGGACCUCUUGGCCGAGCCCAGCGACAGCCAGUUCCUCUCCCACCGAGCCGGGCCCGGGCGCCUCCCCGGCUGACGCUCUGCAGCUAAGCAGCCUGCUGCAGGCCGGGCAGUGUCCCCCCGCGCAGUGUGCCCGCAAGCGCCGGCCACGCGUCCUGCUACCCGGGCCGGCAGCUGCUUCUCAGGCGGGCCCCGGAGGGCCGUCCUGUCGCGUACGCAGCUUUGAACUGAAGUCACCGUGGAGUUCCGCAGCCCCGAAACUUCUACCGCCAGCGAGAAAUAUGGGAUGUAUAAAAUCAAAAAGGAAAGACAAUCUGAAUGACGAUGGAGUAGAUUCGAAGACUCAACCAGUACGUAACACUGACCGAACUAUUUAUGUGAGAGAUCCAACGUCCAAUAAGCAGCAAAGGCCAGUUUCAGAAUCUCAACUUUUACCAGGACAAAGGUUUCAAACGAAAGAUCCAGAGGAGCAAGGGGACAUUGUGGUAGCCUUGUACCCUUACGAUGGCAUCCACCCAGAUGACUUGUCCUUCAAGAAAGGAGAAAAGAUGAAAGUCCUGGAAGAGCAUGGGGAGUGGUGGAAAGCCAAGUCCCUUUCCACAAAGAGAGAAGGCUUCAUCCCCAGCAACUACGUGGCCAAGGUCAACACCUUAGAGACGGAAGAGUGGUUCUUCAAGGACAUAACCAGGAAGGAUGCAGAACGGCAGCUUCUGGCACCAGGGAACAGCGCGGGAGCUUUUCUUAUCAGAGAAAGCGAGACUUUAAAAGGCAGCUUCUCUCUGUCCGUCCGAGAUUACGACCCCGUGCAUGGCGAUGUUAUCAAGCACUACAAAAUUAGAAGUCUGGACAACGGGGGCUAUUACAUCUCCCCACGGAUCACGUUUCCCUGCAUCAGUGACAUGAUUAAGCAUUACCAAAAGCAGUCCGACGGUCUGUGCAGAAGGUUGGAGAAGGCAUGCAUCAGCCCCAAACCGCAGAAGCCGUGGGAUAAAGAUGCCUGGGAGAUCCCCCGGGAGUCUAUUAAGUUGGUGAAAAAGCUCGGUGCAGGACAGUUUGGAGAAGUCUGGAUGGGUUACUACAACAACAGCACAAAAGUGGCCGUAAAGACCCUCAAGCCGGGUACCAUGUCUGUGCAGGCCUUCCUGGAAGAGGCCAACCUCAUGAAGACCUUGCAGCAUGACAAGCUGGUGCGGCUCUACGCCGUGGUCACCAAGGAGGAGCCCAUCUAUAUCAUCACAGAGUUCAUGGCCAAGGGCAGCUUGCUGGAUUUCCUCAAGAGUGACGAAGGUGGCAAGGUGCUGCUCCCAAAGCUCAUUGACUUUUCAGCACAGAUCGCAGAGGGCAUGGCCUACAUCGAGCGGAAGAACUACAUCCAUCGGGACCUGCGAGCGGCUAAUGUCCUGGUCUCGGACUCCCUCAUGUGCAAGAUCGCAGACUUUGGCCUCGCCAGAGUCAUCGAAGACAACGAGUACACAGCGCGGGAAGGUGCUAAGUUCCCUAUCAAGUGGACGGCUCCAGAGGCCAUCAACUUUGGCUGCUUCACUAUCAAGUCUGAUGUGUGGUCCUUCGGAAUUCUCCUGUAUGAAAUUGUCACCUACGGGAAAAUCCCCUACCCAGGGAGAACCAACGCCGACGUGAUGAGUGCGCUGUCCCAGGGCUACCGGAUGCCACGCAUGGAGAACUGCCCAGAUGAGCUCUACGACAUCAUGAAGAUGUGCUGGAAAGAAAAGGCGGAGGAGAGGCCGACGUUUGACUACCUCCAGAGCGUCCUGGAUGACUUCUACACCGCCACGGAAGGGCAGUACCAGCAGCAGCCGUAGUGGGCACGGAGUCCUGCCCCUUCUAAUUAGCAGGAAAAGCAGCCUUCGGGCGCAGCCAAUCAUCUCGCGCCAGGACCCUCUGUGUUCCUGGUUCCUGACGGACAGGCCAGAUUAACUCAGGAAGAACACCCUGGACUUGAGAUGCUGUUUCUUACACGGGUGGUCACUGCUCGGUGGGACCACAGGCAGAAUACAAACACCCACCCGCUCCCUCCAAUACGCACCGCGCCGGCUCUACACGUGACUCCGGCUCAGAGACUGUCGGCCACAAAUUUCCAGAUGCAGCAGGAACUAAACUCACUUAGCAAAAAUAACCUCAUGCACAAGCAGAUGUUCCCUGAGCUCCUCCAUGCUUUGUCUUACUUCUUUAAAAACUACUAAUACAGCCUGUUAGGUUUUACACGUGAAGCCAUCUUUUCUAACUUUGACUGUUUUCGCUGUGGAGAUUUCAUUCCUCCCCACCUCCGCACCCCGUCACCCCCAGCCCACCCCACCCCCACUCCAGUCUGAGACUGUUAAACAUUUUCCUUUGUGGUAAGGCGGACGGCCGGGCGGGAGGUAGCACCCGCUUGCCCUGCAGGAGCAUCAUGUAUGGGCAGGCCGAGACCACUGCGGAACUGGGGCCCUUUGGAGCUACACCACCACCCAGACCUCCCAGUGACGGCAGGAGAGUUCUGCCCUCUGGGGAAAUGUUUUUAAUGGUCUGGCUAUUUCAAUUAUAGUAUUCUCUAAAGGCUUUUCUGACAGGGUCCUUUGGGAGAACUUUGACGUAAGCGUAAGAAUCUUUACAAGGCCUUCCAAAAAACGUAAAGUCUGUCUUUGACUGCCUCAAAUGACUUGAACAUUUUAUGAAUCAUACAUUUUAGCUGUACUCUAAGAAGUGAAAAAAUGCCAUGUUUGGGACUAUUUUUGUGAUUCUUUUCUCUUUUCUGAAUUGUGUAAGAUGUGUGAGAGACUAUUUACACCUGCAGGUAGGAAGGAGGUGGCCACGGAGAAGCCUCCAGCAGGACCCGAGAAGCUUUGUUACCCACCUGGGUAUUGCACUGUAAACUCCAGUUGGAAACCGCUGUGUCCGCCCCUUUCACUUACGCUGUUGUGUACAUACUUAAUAAUUCUAUUUUUGAUUUUAUUUUAAUACACUCAAUAACAUCUUGA